AUGGAUUUGGAAUCCGUUGGUUAUGAGCGAACCACCUCCGUACCGCUGGUUCAUUCGGCUGAGGAAUUAGACCAUUUGGAGAGAAACACAAAGAAAAUAAAGAGCAAUAACUUGAAUCCCCUAAAUGGUUCCAUUGUUCCAGAGACCCAAAAUCCAAGCGAUAUCGAGAUGGAAACUUCACAACCAGAAAACCCCAAAAGCGAGGAGAAGCCUAAUCCUUUGAACAAUAGGAGAUCUUUCAAGACGGCCCUGGUCCAUGCAACAUUGGAGAAAUUGGAAUCUCCUCCGAAAAGAACCACACGGAGGAGGUUAUCCAUAAGUAGCUCACAAUUUGAUAAAAUGGAAGAACAAGAUCGAACCAAUGUUGAUCCAACCCCCUUGUUUUCAGCACCACCACCGAGCGGUAACACCGUCACCAUCCCAACCGUGUCAAUUAUCUAUGAAUUUUUGUCAAGAAAUUUACACUCCGCAAGCGGAGGUAUUGAAAAUGUUGAAUUUUUAGCACAAGAUCUUUAUAAUGAUAAAAGAGAUAGAAAGAAUAUGUCAUAUCAAUAUUUUGGAGACGUGGUAGUUUUUGAUACUACGUACUACACAAACAAAUAUUAUUUGAUAUUUGCACCUAUAUUGGGGGUCAACCACCAUAGGCAGACGACACUUCUUGGUUGUGCGUUCUUGAGUGAUGAAAAAACUGAUUCGUUUGUGUGGCUCUUCAAUGAAUGGUUAAAAGCGAUGCCAGGUGGACCACCCAAAAUGAUCAUAACUGAUCAAGAUCCGGCGAUGACAAAAGCAAUUGCUUCUGCUCUUCCAAAUACAUUUCAUCGAUAUUGUAUUUGGCACAUUGUGAGCAAAUAUUCUGAAAAAAUGGGUGUACUGUCAUAUAAGGAACAUUAUGAUAAGUUGAAGAAUUGUAUAUGGAAUUCUGGAACACCUGGAGAGUUCGAUGCAAGAUGGGCAAUUAUUGUAGAAAACUCUAAGUUGUCUAGUAAUAAAUGGUUGCAGAACAUGUAUAAAAUUCGUGAUAGAUGGGUUCCCGCAUAUACGAACAAUAUGUUUUCUGCCCAUAUGACUAGUAGUCAACGGGCUAAAAUUUUUCGUGGACAAUGGAAAAGAAAAUGA